AUUUGAAAUAAAAAUAUUUUUUGAAAUUCAUAAAUCUUGAUAAAUCGUUUUCCUCUCAAAAUUAAAAUGUCUUGGAAGCGUUUUAUUGAUGAAAAAGCAAACCUUUUCCCCAUAGCUCAAGAAGAACUGUUUCAUAUAUAUGAAGCGCUGCAAAGGCAAAUGAAGCAGCCAAUAAGAACUAGCAACCCCUACCGUAUGAAGAUCACAAGGGACUGUCCUUAUCAGGUGUUCAAUAUGUUAUACCAGAUUGGAACUACCAAUAUGUGGGAGACUUUUAUAAAGGAAACAGAAACAAAUAUAAUGAUGGAGUUUCAUAAUGACAAAAAACUGAUAUUUUGGCUGGAUAUAAUGAACAAGCAAGGCUUCAAGAACAUUGAAAAAUGUCUUUUGAUAGAAAAAAGAAAGUCAGAUGGAUCCAGAAUGAAAGUACUUGUCAAUGAUGUCAAUCCUUUUACAAUCAGAUUUAGUAAGAGGCAAAGUAAACUUCACAUCGACUGUUGUUUUGGUUUCUGGAAUAUGUAUGGGGUGAGGCAGCAUCCCAUCCAGGACUCCAUUUAGAUACUACUGUAGAUACACUUAAUUUGACGCUACUUAAUUUGGCGGAUUUACUCAAUUUCAAAUAUUGGCGGCUAUUUAAUUUGGCGGAUUCAGGAC